GGAGACGGCUCCGUUUGGCGAACGUAAAACAAGGCGCCAGCGUCCUCUCGCCGCCACUUGCUCCUGAGUCCCCACGCAGAGCGCACGUGUUCACGCUAUUGGAAGUCAAGCGCUUAUCGGGCUCUUCGAUAUGGCAUCCAACAACGGAAACUCACAGGCCAAUCACGAAGUGACGGAGCAGCCACAGCUCUCACAGCUACAGCUCCUCGGUCAGUUACUGGCAGUCCUGGCAGCGUCUCAAUCACCUCCCGUGGCGCGCAGUACGGGACCUGCCCACCAUGAAGCUAGCACGCCGAUCGCUGAAACCUCGAGCACUCCGUCUCGGAAAAGGAGUCGAAAUGACAACGGCAACGAAUCUUACAACAGCCCAGGCACAUCGGACGCAGCACAAGGCCUGCCAUCGCCCCCGGGACCAUUUGGCUCUCAGAGCGGAUCACAAGCUUCGAAAGAAGAGGAGGAAUUAGCAGACGCGGCACUGACUGCUAUCGGAAAUCUCUUCGAAUGGGCCAGAUUCGCGAGAAGCGACGUUAAGGCAAAGGUGUUCUCACUCGGAGAGAAGGGCGUUCUAUCGUGCCCUCUGCAAUGUGGCUUCCAGGAAGUUUGCAGUCGCACGGAUAGACGGAAUAAUUUUUCUGUUGUGGACUUUACCAAGCACGUCCAGUCCUGCAUUACAGAAAUGUUGAUGGAUCAUUGUUGUAAGAAACACGAACGUGGGCAGUUCAUUCGAGACUUAAUCAAAAAACGUGCCAGCCAAGGUGGCCACGGGUACAGUUAGGCACUAGUUUGUAAAAGAGCAUUAGCAUUUAUUUUGCAUAAAUAAAUGGGCUAAUUUUUAGGAGAGAUGAAUUGACUUUGUUUAGGGUACGGUAAGGUUACCAAACAUGGAUCACUUUUUAGAAAUGUCCCAUAUUUCGGCUCAAACAAGCGAUGACCUAAAUUUUCUUCGACACACUUCACGACUACCACAAAGGCAACCCUCUCCCAAGAACUGUACAUUUAAUAACAAAUACUUUGAAAUUUACAGGGCUUUGAAAUUUCACUGAUUUUAGUGAUCCAUGUUUGGGUCUGACCCAAACAUGGAUCACCCCCCCUCGCGUUUUGACAGGGGCGAUCCAUGUUUGGGUCUGACCCAAACAUGGAUCAGCCCCCCUCGCGUUUUGACAGGGGCGAUCCGAUAACUUCCGGUCACCUAAAUUUUCGAAGGGUACACUCUAAAGGUGCCACGAAAAAAUUUUGAGACAUUUCUGAUGAAUGGAUUCUUUUUAAUAACGGUUUGAAUUUUGACUCCUAACCUGAAACCAGGCCGUUUUCGGACCCCUUUUCAGAGGAACUUUUUCACUUGCAUACUGUAAGGGUAACUGUAAGAAUGCUGGAGAUAGGAUAACUUGUCGUUUGCAGGGUAGCUUGGUCAAUUAUCACUGGAUGAUUGCUAGCUACGACGGGAAUGUCAUUCACAUAGCAGGCGACAAUGGCAAUAAGGAUGGAACUGUGAGAGAAGACCACUUCACAGCUGUUCGAAAUAUGUUUAAUAGAGACAGGUGCAGGGUCCAGGGCCUAAAGGCAAGUGGGCUGUCUCUAGGGUGCGAAGAUUGGUCGGUAAAAGACUGUACUAUCAUUUACUUACUUACAAUUGUGAGCACUACGCCAAAUACUGGUCCGGAGAUAAUGAGUUUUGGAACCAAUCUGGAUCACCACCUUCUUGGUGCUGUGGCAUAUGGGCUGAGAUGCAGGAAGGUGUUGAUCCACGGUGUAAGUAAGGGAGAAAGGGGAUCUAAUAUUUUGGGUACGUCGGAUAGGCAAUCAUAGAUCUUGAGUUGUAGGAAGUUUCCAUCUGAGGCCUUCCCUUAAAGAUCAUUCUCUGUAAUUAUCUUUUUAGAUGACAUAAGAUUAUAAAGAGAAACUGGCGAGAAACAUCGAUUUUGAUUAGUGUUUCGGUAGUCCGAUGGUUGAACGAAUGUGAACCGUUGAACGAUCGUAUGUGUUAUAUGUUAUAUUUAUAUGUGUGUUAUAUGUGUGAUAUGUGUUAUGUGUAUAUGUGUACGUAUUCGUAUGUUUAUCGACAAUUAAUCGAUUGCCUUUUCAUCGGG